AUGCUGGUAACAAUUCCCCGGAUCAUCUUAGAGUAUGAAGCCAAGGACAUCCCUCAGGAUAAGAUCUUCUACUUUGCACUGCUGGGUUCUGAGGCCCUAGUCACCGUCACCGUCGCCGGAGUGGACCUGGGCGCUUUCGGAUUCAUACCCCCAGCGGCGAUGCAGAGAUCUACCACGGACAUUUCUGAUGGGUGUGCGAACACUCUCGGAAUCGAGAAUUGGAACGCCUGGGUGGGCAGUGCGAUGGCGGAGGACUCACCUCGCUGGCUGACCAACCUGGGAUAUUGCCCCGUGGGAGCCUGCGUGUGCUCCAAAAUGGGCCCCCAGCCAAAGAUGCCCAAGUCCACAGGCAUUCAGGGCUAUCCGACAGCUGGAGAGAGCCCCAGCUACAGCGGGCUCUGCUCGUUUGCCUGUAAUUAUGGGAAUUGCAUCGAAGGGGUCUGUGUCACGGUGGAAGUGCCGUUAAUUAUCCCAACCGUGUCGCACUUUACGCCGGAUACGUGCACCGCGGGCACUGGGUCCGGUGCGCUCGCUGGGCUGUGUAGCUAUGGCUGCAAUGUGGGAUACUGCCCGAUCCAUAACUACACCUGCACGGCGACGGAUCCCCUGAAUCUUCCUGCAUUACGGGUAUUUCCACCGCCGGAGACGAUAGUGGACUAUGAGGUUGCCAGCUGCUCGACAGGCGACGGGUCGGAUCCCGCGUGCACUGAGACCCCCAGCUGCGACUUCAGCCGAGUCUUCUCAACGCUGGACGCGUUGGCGGCAGCGGUCGACGCCCUGGAGCCCGCAUGCAUUGAUUUUUACACGCUUGACGGCCUGUUGACGGUGCUGCAGCAAACCCUGACUAAUUAUACGGGGAUCACUAGCAGCUACGACGACAAGUUCAACGACUACGUCAAGUAUAUCAAGGAGAUCAUCCCCGACCAGCUGACUGAUUUCAUGAGAACUGACACACCCUACGGCCCCGGAAACGCCUACUUUCAGUGCACGUACAGCCAGAACGGUCGGAACCACACCCGGGGCUCUUGUCCGGGAGACAUCGGAAUUGACACGGGCACUUUCACCGUCUACUAUGAUCUCGUUGAUGCCGAGGGCUUCUACGGCAACCUUUCCGCAAACUACGGUAUUGAUAAGACAUGGAUCGAAUUCGGCAAGCAAGAACACAAGGAACCUUGCACGCCGCAGAUGUAUAAAAACGGCUGCGCAGCCGUCGACCGGACCUACAUUGGAUUCCCCGUCAAGGCCGCCGAUAGCGCCAUCACUGUCACCAACCCUAAGGACAUCAUGACGCAGGCACUCCCAAACAUCCAGAACCUGACCGAUACCAUCACCACGGCCAAGAUUGAGAUUGCGCUGGGCUCGUGGAUGGACACCGACGAUGACAUCGUGCAGUCGCUGUCCCUGGCGGUCUUUCUGCUCAGCCAGGCCGUAGCCAGCAUGCAAUCGGUGGUCGCCGUAGCCGAGUCGUACGAAGCGGCCCAGAAGAAGAAAAUGAUCAAUGAGAUCUUGAUGGGGGUGCUUUUGGUAGUCCCGUUUGUGGGUGAGUUGGAUGCUGUUGCGGAUGUCUUUGCGGGCCUGUCCCGCAUUAUCACUUUGAUUGGGGACGCCGGUGCGGGUGCCACCACUAUCUAUGCUAUUGUCGAGGAUCCGAAAAUGGCGCCUCUGACAAUCUUGGAGACGCUUCUAUUGGGUGGCAUGCGCGAUCCGCAGGAGUUCUCUACGAUGGGCGCGGCGAGACGUGGGAUGAGUAAGGACGAUAUCAAGGGCCUGGGCUCGGAGAUUGAGGCUUUGGAUGAUCAAUUCCAGAGCAUUGUUGCAAAAUGUGCGAUGGUAACAUAUGUGCCCGUCAGUGAGUGCAUUUGGGAUGCUGUUUGCUUUAUCGUUUUCGCGAAGCGGCGGCAGUUCCAGACGCAAUGA